AUGCAAACGCAAGAGUUCGAUUCACUGGCGAAGGAAAUAGUUGGUAAUAUAGUCAUCAACCGGUACCUCGGUAAAGAGGCCAGAGUUUGCACGAAACUCCGCUCCAGCAGCAGUCCUGCCGAUGACAACGAUCUUCCCGCUACACUCCUGGCGUUGGCGAAGGAGGAACAAAACUGGCCGCUGCAAUCUACGUCCUCUGAUCCGGUGGAUCGACCAAGUGAAGAAGACAUAGACGAUUUUUUCUGUACCAUACGAGCGCGUCCAUCAACGUUUCGAUCUCAACGGCAGGGUUCGCUGAAAAGAAAUGCCGCGUCGCUACACCAGAGCGUCCGCGUCCUGACCGAACACAAUCCGGCGGCGAUCGCAAAUGUGUCCACCAGCUCUAGUUGUUCGGAUGUUUCCUCUGUCGGUAGCAAAUCAGUAUCCAGUAAGCUUAGCUCUCCGGUUGACGUCGAAGCGCUGGUUGUCCGGUUCCGGCAAGCGAUUUCUACUUUGGAGCAGAUCGACAAUGCACCGUUCGAGGAGAUCGACUUAACGGAAGUGCACCAUUUCUAUCGCCAGGAGUGGUCCACCGUGGUGAAAACAUUCCGAAAAGUUGAUAAUUUGCUGAUGCAGUUUCAGCAACAGGUGGAAGCUGAACGUGAUCCCAGCUACCAACCGAUCAUCAAAAAGGAACUGAUCGACAGUAUGGAACGAUUGCAAUCGAAACUUCACGACGUGUGUUACAUAAGGAGCGUGGAGAACCUGCCCCAUUUGAAGACCACUGUGAGCAAGGAGGUAUUCGCCCUGUCCGAGUGUCUUGAUGUGAUCGACGAAACGAUAAGGCAAAAGCACUUGUAGGGGAAAGAGCUUAGCGCAUCAAAACGAUCGGCUUGCCCGCCAUGUUCUUUAUGAUACUACGAUCGGCACUCGUCAUAAAAGGGUCAGAUCAGAAUCACGUUCCAAAUUUUAAUUUAAUUCAUCAAACGCACAUUGCAAAAUCCCAGUAGCGAAGAAGGACAUUUGACACUAGUUUGCCUGAUAUCAAUCUAACAAUUAGGCUCGUGAGACAAGAAUCUCGUUUUCGAUGUAGCAGCAGAACAGAAGCGGCACCAGAACCAGUAUUUUGCAGGCAUCGUCGCACGGUCUGCAGGGCCGUGGGUUUUAUAAUUUUUUAAAGAAAAAGUGAUUGCCCAACACAGUGAAACGCUUGAAGCUACAUGUAAAUAAGAUAUAUUUCCAAUUCGAUUACAUACAUAAAACGAACA